CUCCGGACGCGCAGGCUCAGCGGCCGUGGCUCACGGGCCCAGCCGCUCCGCGGCAUGUGGGAUCCUCCCAGACCGGGGCGCGAACCCGGUUCCCCUGCAUCGGCAGGCGGACGCGCAACCACUGCGCCACCAGGGAAGCCCAUAUAAGCCAUUCUUAACCAGGGGCGAUAGCAUUUGGGGAUAAGAGUGAGGUUUGGCUGCAUCACUUGCAUCUCUAGUCAUGAACAAGGGAAAGAGGCGGGGCUCGUGUAAUGCAGCACCAGGGGAGGAACUGCUUAUGUAACUGGGACAGCAGAUUUAGCAGGAGAGAGGAGGCGCAGAGGCUUGGGGAUGGGAGCAGUGAGUUGUCGGAAGGGGCAACAUGCCCAGAUGGCUGCUCCUCAUAAGCAGGGUGGCAACAUCCAGGGCCCUGGGUCCCCCUGGGUCCGCGGCUAGAAGAGCCUCUGGCCAGGUGUGGGGACCACCAGGUCAGGUCUGAAAGAGUUGCUGUGGGGACUACAGGGGCAUCAGUUCCUGCACCAGGAGCCCCUGGAGCCAGCCCCACUGCUAGUAGAGAAGCCUCUGCCUGAGUGGCCAGUGCCUCAGUUCAUCAACCUCUUUCUGCCGGAGUUUCCUAUUAGGCCCCUUAGGGGGCAUCAGCAGCUGAAGAUUUUAGGCCUUGUGGCUAAAGGCUCCUUUGGAACUGUCCUCAAGGUGCUAGAUUGUGGCCAGAAAGCAGUAUUUGUGGUGAAGGUGGUGCCCAAGGUAAAGGUCCUACAGAGGGACAACCUGAGGCAGUGCAAAGAGGAGGUCAGCAUCCAGCGACAGAUCAACCAUCCUUUUGUACACAGUUUGGGGGACAGCUGGCAGGGAAAACGGCACCUCUUCAUGAUGUGUAGCUACUGCAGCACAGAUCUGUACUCCCUGUGGUCCGCUGUUGGCUGCUUUAGUGAGGCUUCCAUCCGCCUCUUUGCUGCUGAGCUGAUCCUGGUGCUGU